GUGGCCGCAGUUCCUCCUCCCCGCCGGCAGGGGGCGACAGAGCGGCUCAGACUCAAACAGCCAGUCCAGUCUGUGUUUACAUGUAGCUGAGCUAGCUUUAGCUUCUGCUGAGCGAACUGUCAUUAAGAGAGUGACAGUGUCAGUGCUGGUGAACAGGGGUCAGAGGUCAACGGGUCCAGGCUCCACCAUGGUUAAACAGCAGCGCAGGACAGACAGGUGUUUCAUACCUGCUGCAGGUAACACCGUGGCGCAGGUUCGAUUCCCGGUUGGCCCCAUUCAGAGGAGACAGCCUCCACCACACCAGGUGUCAGGCAGGAAGUGGGUGGGCUCAGGGACAGGAAGUGCAGACGGCCGACAGCACUGCGGCAGCUCUACCACCACAGAAGAAGAGAGAAGAGGUGAAGGUGGAGACCCGGGACCUGACGGAGGUUCAGGAGAGACAAAGAGGGCAAGACUGGACGGAGCGGAGGAGGCUGCAGCUCAGGUGUCGGGGUCAUGUGAUCAGCCAGCAGCUGAGAGCAGCUCUGCAGGAGAUGGUGUUUUGGCCAGAGUUCCUCCUCCUGACCAGCAGGGGUCAGCAGAGCUCAGUGAGGACAGCAGAACAGCUGAGCUGCAGAGCGUGGGGUCACUGAAGGUCACCAUCCAGCAGAGCAGUGAGAGCAGAGAGUUCGGACAGACGGACAGGACAGCAGACAGACAGACAGGUGGACUCCACUGUCACGUCUGUAACCUCACCUGUCGCUCUCUGCAGGUGUUUCAUGAACACAUGUCAGGAGCAGAACACGUGAAGAAACUGCAGGAGAUCACACACUCCAUCUGCCUCAACACACACACACUGCAGGACAGGGGGCGUCAGCCUGACGCGCGGCGCUGGUGCGACACCUGUCAGACUCACUUCAGCGGUGAUGUCAUCAUCCACCGACGGACAAAACAACACAAGAUGUGUAAGCAGCUGUGUCGUCCCUUCUGUCCGGUCUGUAAACGUCACUUCAGGACUCCCAGGAAGUUUGUGGAGCACAUGAAGUCUCCAGAGCACAAGCAGCAGGUGCACCUGCAGGAGGCGCAGGAGGAGGAGCUGAUCACUGUGGAUGCUGUCGGCUGCUUCGAGGGAGAGGAGGAAGAGGAGGAGGAGGAGGAGGAGGAAGCAGACGUAGCUAAUGAUGAAGAAGACGAGGAUGAUGUAGGAAAAGAGGCAGCACAGGAGAAAGUGUCAGAGACUGACUCAGAGGAAUACGACCCCCACACCACAUAUGGAAGCAGUUUUGUGGUUCCUGUGUCUGGUUUCCUGUGUCGACUCUGCAACAAGUUUUUCCACAGAGAGACCACAGCGUUACACACACACUGCAGGACACGCACACACUACCUCCACCUGCAGAGCCACAGAGCUCAGAGGACAAACAGUGAAGGAAGGACGAGGAGAGAGGAGGACACACCUGCUCCCACCUGACCAUAUCCCACCAUGCAUCUGUGUCUCCAGGUGAUGGACUGAUGAUGAUGUCAUCCUGCCGUCUGAUGCACUUGAAGCACAAAACACUGGAAAAUAAUUAAACCAUUAAAGCUCAUGAGGUUUAAACA